GAUGGGAGAACUUAAGAAAUUGGUUGAAGAGGGAAAAAUAAAAUACAUAGGUCUAUCCGAGGCCUCACCCUCAGCAAUUAGAAGAGCACACGCUGUUCACCCAAUUACAGCUGUUCAGCUGGAGUGGUCUUUGUGGGUAAGAGAUGUGGAGGAAGAAAUAAUUCCUACUUGCAGGGAACUCGGUAUUGGGAUUGUUGCUUACAGUCCUCUAGGACAUGGAUUCUUCUCAUCAGACCCAAAGCUGCUGAAAAACUUGCCGGAUGAUGACUUCCGGAAGAAUCUGCCGAGGUUCCAACCUGACAACCUUGAAUAUAACACAAACAUGUAUGACCGGGUUCAUGAAAUGGCAGUAAAGAAGGGAUGUACCCCAUCUCAGCUAGCAUUGGCUUGGGUUCAUCACCAAGGGAACGAUGUGUGUUCCCUUCCGGGUACGACUAAGAUUGAAAACCUCAACCAGAACAUUGCAGCUUUGUCUGUUAAUCUUACACCUGCAGACAUGGCUGAGCUCGAAUCCAUUGCUUCAGCUGAUGCAAUCAAGGGUGAAAGGUUUCCAUCUGAUCUUUUUACAUGGAAGAAUUCAGACACUCCACCAUUGUCCUCGUGGAAAGCUUAA